UGAUACACGGCCAUUUUGUUGUGGUGUUUGGAGGAAAAUUAGCCGUUAGCUAUGAACAUUGUGUGCGUUUCCCUCGACACCGUGUGGGCUUUCUGUCACAUACUGAGCCAGUCCGGUACAUCAGCUUCGGGUGUUUGCGACGCUGAUUGUUUGUAGUUAUUUACGCUGUUUACAGGUUUGUUUUCCCGCACUUAGCGAGCCCGUGUGCUAACUGAGCUAGCUGGCUAACUUCAGCCGGAGUUCCUCUGCUCGCCUUCAAGUUUGCCAGCAGCAGCGCGAGCCUGAACGCGGCAGCUGUCAGUCAGCGUGUGGCGAGCCGAACCGAGCCGAGCCGAGCCGAGCCGCGCCGCGCAGGUGAGGCAGUGCAGAGAGGCCGCGGUGAGGCGGCAGGCAGGCAGCAGGCAGGCAGGCAGCGAGCGGCCGCUCAGCCCCCCGGCGAACACCACACAAAGUUGGCUGUAAAUGAUGGCAGAAGAGUCCCGACAGAACCGGAGCGUGAAUUUCUCCGCUCUGGUGGAGCACAGCAACGGAGUGACUAAAGGUCCGAGCUCAAAAUCCGGAACCUCCAAGAAACUGGUCAUUAAAAACUUCAAAGACAGACCCAAGCUGACGGAAACCUACACCGAGGACACGUGGCUGAAGUUACGCGAUGCUGUCGGUGCUAUCCAGAACAGCACAUCAAUCAAAUACAACUUGGAGGAGCUUUAUCAGGCAGUGGAAAAUCUUUGCUCUUACAAGGUCUCACCCAUGUUAUACAAACAACUCCGGCAAGUGUGUGAAGAUCACGUGCGGGCUCAGAUCCACCAGUUUAGAGAAGACUCUCUGGACAGUCUGUCUUUUCUGAAGAGGAUGAACAGAUGCUGGCAAGACCACUGCAGACAAACAAUCAUGAUCCGUAGCAUUUUCCUCUUUCUGGAUCGCACGUACGUCCUCCAGAACUCCCUUCUUCCCUCCAUAUGGGACACAGGGCUGGAGCUGUUUCGCACACACAUUGUGAGCGACAGUACAGUCCAGGCUCGGACAGUAGAGGGAAUCUUGGAGCAAAUCGAACGAGAGAGGAAUGGCGAGACUGUGGAUCGGAGUCUCCUGCGCAGUUUACUAGGCAUGCUCUCAGACCUACAGGUGUAUAAGGAGUCUUUUGAAAACCGGUUUCUGAUUGAGACGGAUCGCUUGUACGCAGCUGAGGGGCAGAGACUGAUGUUAGACAGAGAUGUACCUGAAUAUCUGCACCAUGUAGCACGGCGGCUAGAGGAAGAGAACGAUCGUGUCAUCAGUUACCUAGAUCAAAGCACUCAGAAGCCCCUGAUCUCUGCAGUCGAGAAGCAGCUUCUAGGUGAACAUAUGACUGCCAUUUUACAGAAAGGUCUCAGUACACUGUUGGAUGAGAACCGUGUGACUGAGCUGACUCUGCUGUACCAGCUCUUCAGUAAAGUGAAGGGAGGUUUGCCUGUAUUACUGCAGUUCUGGAGAGAGUACAUCAAGAGCUUCGGUGGCGAGAUUGUUGGCUCUCCUGAAAAAGAUAAGGACAUGGUGCAGGAGCUGCUGGACUUCAAGGAUAAAAUGGACAACGUGGCUUACGGCUGCUUCCAGAGGAACGAGGGCUUCAUCAAUGCCAUGAAGGAGGCCUUCGAGAGCUUCAUUAACAAGAGACCCAACAAACCAGCAGAGCUUAUUGCCAAGUAUGUGGACUCCAAACUACGCGCUGGUAACAAAGAGGCCACAGAAGAGGAGCUGGAGAGAAUCCUCGACAAGAUCAUGAUCAUCUUCCGCUUUAUUCACGGUAAAGACGUGUUUGAAGCAUUCUACAAAAAAGACCUCGCAAAGCGCUUGCUGGUGGGCAAAAGUGCCUCUGUGGAUGCUGAGAAAUCCAUGCUGUCCAAACUCAAGCAUGAGUGUGGUGCAGCGUUCACCAGCAAACUUGAGGGCAUGUUCAAAGACAUGGAACUCUCCAAAGACAUUAUGAUCCAGUUCAAACAGUACAUGCAGAAUCAGAGUGAACCCAGCAACAUCGAUCUAACAGUCAACAUCCUCACCAUGGGCUACUGGCCCACCUACACGCCCAUGGAUGUCCAUCUGCCCUCCGAGAUGGUAAAGCUUCAGGAGGUGUUCAAAACGUUCUAUCUCGGGAAGCACAGUGGGCGAAAGCUUCAGUGGCAGCCCACACUGGGCCACGCGGUGCUUAAAGCUGAGUUUAAGGAGGGUAAAAAGGAGCUGCAGGUCUCGUUAUUCCAGACACUUGUUCUGCUCAUGUUUAAUGAAGGGGAGGAGUUUACGCUAGAGGAGAUCCAAACGGCUACAGGAAUAGAGGAGAGCGAGCUGAGACGUACACUGCAGUCGCUGGCAUGUGGGAAAGCUCGUGUACUUAAUAAAAAUCCCAGAGGGAAAGACGUGGAGGACGGAGACCGCUUCAACUUCAAUAAUGAGUUUAAACAUAAGCUGUUCCGGAUUAAAAUCAACCAGAUUCAGAUGAAGGAGACGGUAGAGGAGCAGGUCAGCACCACAGAGCGGGUCUUCCAGGACAGGCAGUACCAGAUAGAUGCUGCAGUGGUGAGGAUCAUGAAGAUGAGGAAGACCCUCAGCCACAACCUGCUGGUGUCAGAACUCUACAACCAGCUCAAGUUUCCUGUGAAGCCGGGUGACCUGAAGAAGCGCAUCGAGUCCCUCAUUGACCGAGACUACAUGGAGAGAGACAAAGAGAGCCCCAACCAGUAUCAUUACGUUGCCUGAGAUCCAGUCUGGAGGCACAGGCACAGCCACUGAUCCGAGAUCAGCCCUUUACCCGGGCUGCACGCCCAAAGACAGCCUGUGACCCACCCUUCGAGGACCCCGAUUAUGCCUACCAAUAGAGUGACCGGGGUUGGCAUGGGGCCUUACUGUACUUUUAAGCGGUGGUGUUAAAGUGUGACUUUAGGAGGAUGGAACGGAUAAUGAUCAGCUGAUGAUUUCCACAAACAAGCACUUUGUUUUCUUCUUACUUUUUUUUUUUUGUUUUGUUUGUUUUCUGAGUUUUGCUUUUUGUGGUCAGUCUGCUCUUUUGAUGUCCCUCACAUGCGCUCAUAGUUUAGUCCAUAUUUUAACUGUUCUGACUGCUGACUUGUCAGGUUUUGAUCGAGAACGGGGAGUGUAUGGUUAUGAAUGGCAGCAGGCUGUGUUAGAAUCAGGGUUUUCGAGAAUUUUCACUCAGGCUACGGAAAUGUUGAUUAAGUAUUUUACUUGCAAAAGCUUCACUAACACGUAUACAUAGUGCAAGAUUGGAUUCUAUGGCAUUCUCUCGGUUUCAUGCACUGAAAAAGGCUAAAACAAGUGACAAAAUGUAUGCUUUUUUUUUUUUUUAAAGACUCAACAAAGCACAUUAGCGUGUGCGUGUGUGUGCGUGUGUGUGUGGAUAUCUGUGUGCUAGGUUUUUUUCUUCUAAUUCAUCACUAAAAAUAUUCUGACCAACA